UGUGAAAAAAUAAAAAAAGAUACAAACACUAUUUGAUACGUCUUCCAUCGCUUAGUUGGCGUCUAUCGAUCGAUAAAUUCGAACCAAUAGAACAGCUCUACGCGCGUUUAAAGUUCGAUGAUACUUAUGCCAUCACAAGGGUUUAUUGACCCAGUGUUUUGUCAUAAUCGAAAAAUGCCACAUGAAUUAUUUCGUCACUGACACGUUGCAUGGUGCCUUUUGAUUGGUCGAAACGAGAUUGUAUAUGUGGUAAAAUAUAUAGGAUCGUUCAUUAUCGUUUGAAUACGGACAAGACUUAGACGUUUUAACAGAAUCAAGAAAUUUUACUGGAAAGGGACAAUAUUCAAGAUGCACAAAUCAAUCAUCAUAUUGCUAUUCGGGGUCGCACUCUUAUGCCCCCAUUUCACGUUUGCUGCUGACGGAGAAGCCGUAGCAUCUGAUCUAGCUAAGUAUUGGUCCAGCAGAGCGAGGCAACAUAGGGCUAUUAAACAACACCAAGCUAUGCUAAGAAGAAGGCGAAAAUCCAUUCGUCAGUCUAUGAUUCCUCCAUGGAUAAAGUACAAGAAACCGAACGAAGAAGGACAAAAAGAACUGACGCUAGAAGACAUUCAACUGUGGUCGUCCAUCGAUUUGGACAAGGAUGGCAAACUGACAGUCUCGGAAUUCGAUAGAUUUGUUCGUUCCCCAUCUUCAGCCGCAUUCGUUGCCCAAAUGAAGAGCGAAAAAGCAAUCAAAGCCUGGGCCGAUAACGUGGGUAUUGACGUGGCGAAGGCGAAGCAGGCAAUGGCCCUGGGAGCCCAAAGCCAGGCAGCUCGCAUUCGUGCAGCAAAUAUACAACAAAUUCAGAGACAGAGAGCGAUACAACAACAUCAGUACAGGAGCAGGGUUAAUCAGCAAUCAAGAGUGAACAACUACUUUGCCAACUUGGGGCGCCAGUACUACAGAGCGGCGGUUUCCAGAGGUGGAAGACGAGAUGAAUUGUAAAAAGAAAAAACAAAACAAAAUUACGUCAUCAACUCAAUGACGUCAUCAAUUAAUAAUUUUAGGAGACUAUUUCGACAUAAUGACUUUUGAUUGGAUCUUACCCAGCCACGAGCUUGACCAUCAUUGGAAUAUAUUUGGUGGCCUGAGUCCGUUUUUGAACCGGAGUUUAGUAAAUUGAUUUGUUUGUUUAUCACAAUUCGGAUAUCCGGUAAUACUUCCAGAUAUGUACCAUUUCAUUUGUAGUAGUAAAAUAUAUAUCAUUCGUGUAUCCGGUCAGAAUUUCACUUUAGUACUAUUCAGAGAUUCUCGCUAUUGAAAAUCAAUGAAGCGUUUCAGGGCAGAAUAACUCAAUUCAAUUUGUGUGAUUUUGAUGCUGUUAUUUUACGCUUCAUUAAUUAUUGGUUAAAAGAAAAUUGAAUUGUAUUAUAGUUGAUCCAAUGGGACCGUAUAUAUGUAUGUGCUUUU